AUGAAAAAAGUGGAUACAGAAGACGAAGCCUUCAUGUUCUUUGUGAUGGACAACCUAUCGACAGCCAAGGUCCAUCAUGCCAAUACAACACUCUCUCAAUUGAAAAAGGAGUUACGGUUGUUAUGGAACGCAAGUUCGGAGCAUGUUAAAGACCAAUAUCAACAGAUGGUCGUGUUGGAAGAACAUUCAUGUGGGGCUGAAAAGAAGCGUGUAUUGUCAAGUGGAUCGGAGGAAGAUGAUGCGUGCAUGGACACAACACAAUCAUCGUUCAUGGAUGGAAAGAAACGAAAAAUUGACCACUUGGCAGGUGUUUUCUACAAUGAUAUUUUGAAGAAUAUAUUACUGUAUUUGGACAUUCCUGAAUUUGCAAAAUCUCGACCAUGGCUUGUUUCAAAGCAGUGGAAUCAAUUGUUUUACAAAAAGGGACUCAAAUUCCCAAAACUCUAUGUACAUUCAUACUUGAAGUUGGAUGAAGAACAAAAGACUAGUUUAAGGGACAUGUUGAAGGAUAGUGGAUUGAAUCACAAAUAUGUUUUUGAAAUGUUGUUUUGUAUGAAUUGGAAUUUUAUUGAAGAACAUGAAAGACUACUUGGAAACUACAAACAAACUUCUUCAAAGCGUACAUUAUCAACCAUGAAAAAACAACUGAAAUUUCAAAAGUUUAUUGUUGACACCGGAUUUGAAAGGGUGAUCCAAAAUACAACAUUUACCAUAUUGAAAGAAAAUCUAUUUAAGAUAAUAGUGGUCAAUCAUUUACAGGAAGAAGAGACGAAUAGUGAAGACAAUUUAUGUACUUUCUUGAAAAAGAAAACAAGUUGCACUGCCUUUUUAAGCAACGGCUUUCCACUUGAAAUCAGCAUUUCACAUUGUUCUAGCAGUGCAGAAAUUGAAUUUGGAAAGCAUUGUGCUACGAAAGAAUAUGAAAGCACUGAUUUAGCAUUUGAUGGUACCACCGUGUUAACAGCUUCAUCCUCAAUCCAACAACGAUCAUUCUCUGAUGACGACAAUGUCGACAUUUCAAAGACAGUAGAAUUGCAGGCUUGGAGAGACACUAUAAUUUUGGAAACAACACCACCUCUUGAUAGUGAAAUGUAUGCUAGCGUUGUGCUCAGUUGGUUGAACAAGUUUGUGGAUAUUUCUUUUCCAAUGCAAGAAAAUGGCCUGUACGAGGUCAAGUUUUUAGGUAUGGAGGACGAGAGAGAUAAUGAGAGAAGUGUUCACACAGAGUCUGAUUCUGAAGGAGAGCAAUAA